AUGCGGUGGUCUCUUGCAUGGCUGCUGCCGUCGCUCUGCCUUGUCGUCCUCACCAAUGCCUCCCCACUGGGUCACGAGAGCGCCUACGAUAUUGAGGGAGUUGAGUCCCUCAACACUCUCGUUCGCAGAGUUCGAACCGGCCCAGGUGGUGGCAUAGUCACCACCCCAAAGAAAACGACAGAUCUCUUUCUGCUAGAUAGCGGCCCGGGAGGUUGCACUAGCAAAGAGGCAACCCUCGAUACCUGGUUGACAGAGGUCUUUCUCCUCCACGACGCGAUGAAGACGGCGUACGCAAACAUCCAAGGAGAUAGGUCUUGGAUGCUGAUGUGGUACACCUGGUUCGGAGUCCAGCUUGAUAUGAAGACCGGAGGUGUGGACGUGAGUAACGCGGCCAACAAGCAGCUAUGGGACACGAUUGGAGUGUGCUCUUGGAUACGCAAAGUUAAUUUUGAUAUAGACCACAUCUCACGCGUUACCAAAUUCCUUUCCGGAGCUGGCCUGCCCAACCCCCAGGUGGCAGGAGAAAAGCCUCGCCUGUUCUGUGGGCCCGAGGCAGCCGAACAUCAACCCUGGGCUGAAUCGGUCGUCAAGGAUCAUAAAGGCGAAGAUGUAGUCACCGAGAGAGAUCCCGAGACUCAGCUGCCGACCGAGUACUUGAAGCUUGGAACAGCGUUUCUGGAGGCAGCCCGGAACCCAAACGCCAAUGCCUUCUGGUUCAGCGCGUUUAACGGCUACGACAUUGACUACAAGGGCGAAACAAGCGCAUGUGCUGAGAAUCCUAAAGAUGGGAAGCGCCGGCUCGCCAAAACUGCCCGACCAGCAUCGUCGUGGCCAGUGAUAUUCUCGGACGGCGUAGACUUUACCUUUGGCAGAGCCAACAGACACAUCUUGUUUUGCCCCCUGUCCUUUUCUCCUCCUACCGGAUUCCAUUCCUACCCGUCACUGACAAAGGCCGUUGAGGAUUACCCCACAGCUGGAUUGAAGGACCCGGACGAGUCUCUGGACAAAAUGAUGCCUGUUAGCUCUACGAUGUACCACGAGCUCUAUCAUCUGACCGAUGAUGAUAACACAAAGGAUCAGGCUUACAGCCUGGAUAGGGUCAUAGGCAACGCUAGGGAUCCAUCAACAAGAGAAGGCAACUCCCACAACCCAGAGACAUACACCCUUUUCGCCACGGCGGCGUAUCUGUACCUCAAUGCACCCGCGGGCGAUGAACCCUGCUUGUACAUCGGUGGUUUCCCGAAAAAGGCUUCUGAUCCUUUUGCCCAAUAA